AUGCCGGUUGAUCACUCUGGAUAUUCGGAGUCAUGGCCCAUCCACAUUUUCAACGCGGCAUCCCGGAAAAGCAGCAAAGGCCCCAAAGUCUGGCCGAGGGCGGAUAAUUUCCGAUCACACCUCCAUCGCGCCCAUAAGAUCACAUUGACCGCCGACGAUGACCACAAGGACUUCAUCUACCGGCCGCCAGAGGACAAGAUUAACCUCAAAGGCGUUGGGAGUUUCCACGUCGCCGUCGAUGCCCGGCCACCGUAUUUGCAGGACUCUCCCGGUCUUUCAGGCCAAGCGACGUCUCUGGAUCACCAUUUUGGGGAUGGCCAACUCAAUUCACUGCAGGAGACCUCCGUGGGUAUUGACCCUUCAAUCUUCCGGAGCCCGUCUUUGGUCAAGCCCACGGCCGCGUCUAAUGGGGAUGACGAGGAUGAGCUUGUGGAACCUAUGAACAUGGGCAGCUUGGACACUCAGUCCAUCGGUGACUACGAUUUGCAAACUUCCCCGGAUUUCGACGUGGAGUCUCCAGAGUAUGAUCAGCAGGCCUGCCCCGAUCAUGCUGCCGGCACACCGGCACCGACUCUGCCUGAGCCGUUGGAGAAACCAUCGCCGCAGCCAGAGCGGCAUGAACUAAGCAUAGACCGCUUAGGCCCCAGUGAGUGCACCCAACCUGGCCUUGAGGACCACAGAGCCGACUUGGCGCUCCCGCAGCGGUGCAGACGCGGCCCGGAUUUCAGCGCCAUCGUGGAACUUCUGAAAGCAAUGGCCCAUGGUGCCGACCGCAACAAAGAGGAGAUCGUCAGCCUCCUCACCGCGGUUCCUACGGAGGAUCUCCAAACUGCGCUCCGAGCUCGUGGACAGGAUACAGGAGAUGCAUGCCAAAGUGAGGAUGAUCCUAGUAACCGGCCCGAGUGCAACGACUGCGGCAAGACCUUUAGCCGGCAGUGCGAAUUGAAAAAGCACAUCAAAAGACACCAGAAGCCAUACGGCUGUACGUUCAAACAGUGCUCUAAAAGAUUCGGGAGCAAGAACGAUUGGAAGAGGCAUGAGAGCAGCCAGCACUACGAGCUGGAGACUUGGAACUGUAACAAGCUUAAUUGCAACAAGACUUGCCAGCGGAGGGAAAGCUUCAAGAAUCACCUGCAGAAGGAUCACGACGUCAAAGGCGCCGAAGAGAUAGAGGAAAUGUUGGAGAAGUGUCGGAUGGGCCGCCACUGUGGUCCGAGAUUCUGGUGCGGGUUCUGUGUCGAGAUCAUUGAGAUCUCUGCCAUCGAGCGGGGAGGCAAUUCGUGGACCAAGCGGUGCGACCACAUUGACAACCACUUGUUUGGCAAAGAGGGCCUGGAGAAGAAGGACAUCUCAGAGUGGAGGUACCAAGAGGACGAGCAAGACGCGAUCAAGGAGGUGGACUUUCUGGCCGUGCCCGGCAGCGACGUCGACAUGGCCGGCGGCAAGAAGCGCAAGAGCACCGAGGACAUUGACGUGCGGCCUUUCAAGAAGCCGUCCGGCGACGAAACGUACAUGUGGAAUUGCUGUUUCUGCGACACCACCAUGAACUUCAAGACGUCCCCCUCCUGCGUCGAAUGUGGACACGUGCGGUGCUCGACAAACUGCAUGGUAGAGCGAGUCGAGACUAGCGAUGACCAGAUGGCUGCUAUGGAGGGGGAGGAAGCGGCAGUCGCUGGAGACGACAUGCCGCGGACAUGA